AUGAAUGCAUCGGCAGUGGAGCCUCUGUCUGGCAAGUCAGAUGGAAUAGCUACUCAAGAGAUUGUGGAUGAAAAAUCCCGAAGUGAGGGAGCAAGUAGUGCUACGAUUACAGAUGCUGAUCAGGAUAAAUCUGUUAUUGAUGUACAACAAAUACAUGUACUAGAUGAUGUUGAUACUGUUGUCCCGAAUAUAGCGGAUCCAGCUACUUGGCCACUUAUUCGAAAUAGCAAAAUAAUUGAUCAUAUAAUAAAAACUGCAAUGGGAACGAAAUUAUCGGAUGAAACCUCUACAUCCUCAGCAGCAUUUGCUUACAAAAAAGCAUUACACGAUUUAGGAAUUAGGUUUACCGAAAGAUUGUCAAACGUUUAUUACCAUUUCAAUUUUAUAUUUUCUUUCUCUAAAAUCGCUAAAGAACAAAAGAAAAAUUUGGAUAUUGUUCAUAGUUUUACUAAAAGUAUCAUAAGUAAACGUAAACAAUACAUAGAAAAAUAUGGAAGUAACUUUAAUGAAGAUAACGUCGGUGAUAAUGAUGAUGAUGAUGUAUAUUUCAAGUCUAAAAAGAAACCUGCUAUGUUGGAUUUAUUAUUAUCAGCUCAGAAUAAAGGUUUGAUAGAUAAUGAUGGUAUUCAAGAGGAAGUCGAUACGUUUGUAUUUGAGGGUCAUGACACUACGGCAGCGGCACUGUUAUUUUCUUUGCUGUGUCUCGCUAAUGACAAAGAAAUCCAAACAAGGAUUUUUACUGAAUUAGAUGAAAUAUUUGGCGAUUCCACGCGACCUCCUACAAUGAAUGAUCUCUCGAAAAUGCAUUAUCUUGACUGUUGCAUACUAGAGACCCUUAGGCUGUAUCCACCGGUGCAUUUUAUUGGAAGAAAGCUAGGUGAAUCGGUUACACUAAGUAACUAUUAUGUUGAAAAAGGAACUAACGUAUUGAUAUUUAUAAUCGAUAUGCAUCGUCGAGAGGAUUUAUUCAAGGAUGCCUUGAAAUAUAACCCUGACCGUUUCCUGCCAGAGAACAGUGCUGGGAGACAUCCCUUUGCAUUUAUACCCUUCAGCGCCGGUUUAAGAAACUGUAUAGGUCAAAAGUUUGGAAUGAUGGAGAUGAAGACAUGUUUGUCUGCAAUACUAAGACGCUACAGACUAGAACCUGUCACAAGACACGAGGACGUAAAAUUUAUCCCGGACCUCGUUUUAAGGGCGAAACCAAUUUACGUGAAAUUUUUCAAAAGAGAUAAAUAA